UAGCCAGCAGAGGGAAAUCUUGGACAUUAAUAUAAUAUAUCGUGCGCUUCCCUGAGAAAUAGCCGUGCAUCUCGACAUUUUGGAGCAUAUUUACCUUGUACCAUCCUUAUGCAAAUGAAAUAAUUAACGAUAUCGAGGCCAUUAGCACAAAAUGGCUUGUGGAUACUACCGAGUCACUGUAUUUGUUAAUACAGAGCGGGUUAAUGCAUGCAGAGCAUUGAGCUGCUGCUGCGGUUCCUUGCCUGGUCAGCAGCCCGACUUCUCGAUGGAGCUGAGCUUGGAGAAUCCCAUUCUGGUCGAGGCUGAGCGCGACGGAGUGAUGUGAUGCUCCCCCUCCAUAGCAUACAUGGGCUACUGCGCCCCCAAGCUCUGAUGCUGAGUGUGAGCGAGAGAUAGACACAGACACACACACACAGAGGACACUGACAGAGGACGGAGGCAGAAAACUGGACUUCCAUCAACACCUCUGAAGAAAACUAAGAAAAUAAGAGCCUUGCUUAGAGUUGAGAGGGAGGGAAGGCGGCAGUAGCGCGUGCAGACGGCAGAGAGGAAAGGACGAAAGGAAGAGGGGAAUAGAGGAGAAGAGCUGGCUGCACAGCAGGUUGCCCACUCUGACAGCAGAGAAGUCCAUGACCCUAAACUAAUACAGCGAUGGACAGGAAAAGUGCCAAUGGCUACCCUAAGGCCGGAGGAGAGAGUGGAGGUGGGGGUCAUAAGAAGCAGCUGCCCUACUCCGUAGAGACCCCCUACUCCGUAGAGACCCCCUACUCCGUAGAGACCCCCUACGGCUUCCACCUGGACCUCGACUUCCUCAAAUAUGUGGACGACAUCGAGAAAGGCAACACCAUCAAGCGGGUGCACAUCCAGCGCAAGGCCAGGGGACCUCCUAAGUUCAGCACCCUGCCCAGGAACUUCAGCCUGCCUGGGCAUGGGGCACGAUCGGCCCCCAAGGACACCUGGUCUUCCACCUCUACUCUGGGACCCAAGCCCCGGGGCAGAGUCACAGAGGUACAGCAGUUCUUGGAUUUUAGAGCCAGUGAUGGAGGCAGUGGUAUGGCGGGGGGGCAGAGCCAGAGCAGCAGGGCGCAGGGGAGUAUCUUAUCCCCGGCCAGGCCCAGGGAGGAUGCAGGGGCUGGGGUGUCAGCCGAGAAGCCCCUGGGGAGACCCAACCUCCUCCGGACGUCCAGCAUGCCCAUUACCAUCCCUCACAGGAAGGCCUCCGAGUCCGGGGACGAGAGAACCGAGAACGGCUCAUCUGAGAACGUAUUCCGCGCUGUGCCCCAGGACCGGUCGGGGCUGCACCAGCAGAUCACCGCAGCCCUGAAGAGGGUCAGAGAGCUGGAGGAUAUGGUGAGGACCAUCCCAGAGCUCAAGUCCCAGAUCUGCUCACUGAGGGAGGAGAGAGAGCAUCUGAUCCUCAGGCUGCAGGCCCAAACCAAGCCCCAGGCUCCACCCCCCCCACAACGUGCCUCGCCCUCUCCGGCUCCGAGCAUUGAUCCUCAGCCGCCGGGGUCUGGGGCAGUAGUUGAUACCGGGAGAGCAGAGAGCACUGCGUCAGAGACAGAAACACAACAGGAAUCCUUAAAAAGUACUGCACAAGAAGCAGAAGCAGAUAGGCUUUUAGCAGCACAGGCAUCAGAGGGACCAGACCGACAAAGAGAGGCAUUAGUGAAUCCAUUAGAGAAAACAGCAGAGCUAUCACAGGACGUUACAGUACAGAAAGCACCAGAACCUUCAGAGAGAGGAGUGAUUGUGCAAGUCAUAGAGGGAGUCAGUGGUGAGGGGGAUCUCCUCAGCAUCGAACAGCUCCAGGCUAAGCUAGUAACACUAGAGGCUAAGUUAAGUCAGGCUAGUGAAGAGCUGGAGGAAACCAACAGUCUCCUCAGACAACAGGUAGAGGACAACAGGAUGAAGGAGGAGAGGAUACUUCAGUUAAGCGAGGGAGGGAGAGAAGGAAUGGAGGAGGUGUGUGGGGAGAGACAUACAAGUAGGAGGACCAGUGUGGACCAGCAGACAGAGACAGAGAGAGUGGUCAUUAUAAACCAAGGGACAGAGUCAGAGAGGGCUGAUAUGGUGGAGCAGGGGACUGAUACAGAGAGGAUAGUAAUAUGUUUAAUCAGAGAGAGAGCUAACAGUGUGGACCAGGGGACAGAGACGGAGAGAGUGGAAGCGGUGGACCAGGUGGCCGAGACAGAGAUGAUUAUUGAUUGUCCAGUCAGACCAAGGGGUAACAGUGUGGAUCAGGGGACAGAGACAGAGAGAGUGAACACUGUAAACCAGGUGACAGAGACAGAGAAAGUGGACACUGUAAACCGGGUGACAGAGACAGAGAAAGUGGACACUGUAAACCGGGUGACAGAGACGCCGCCUGGAGACAGAUUAGACCAGAUGACAGAGACACAGACAGUAGUCAGUGUGGACCAGAUGACAGACACAGCACCUGUACGUCCAGUGAGACCAGCAAGACACAGGGCUAACAGUGUGGACCAGGGUAAAGAGACACAAAUACAGGCAGGAGUCAGUGUAGACCAUGGGAAAGAGACAGUGGAUACUGUGAACCAGCUGACAGAGACACAGACAGCACCUGUACGUCCAGUGAGACCAGCAAGACACAGGGCUAACAGCGUGGACCAGGGGACAGAGACAGAGAGAGUGGGUACAGUGGACCAGGUGACAGAGACAGAGACAGCGCAGAGUGCAGACCAGCAAACAGAGACAGAGAGAGACAGAGGUGAGACUAGCAAUACCCCACAUAGAGCUAUAGAGAUAGAAAGUGCAGCUAUAGUAAGUGCAGCCAUAGAAAGUGCGGUCACAGAAAUUUCUGGAGCAGAAAUUGAGGUAGCAGAAAGUGCUGUCAAAAAUGGGGAUAUCACUGAGAGUGCAGUAACUGAAGAAGGUUUUGUGAUUAUAGAAUGUGUGGACACAGAAAGUAUGGUCACAGAGAAUGUGGUCACAGAAAAUGUUGACACAGAUAGUAUGGUAACAAAGAGACAAGAAGUGGUAGUAGAGAAUGCAGUUGAACAAAUUACAGUGACUGAAAGUGUGCUUAAACAGAGUACAACCACAGAGGGUAUGGUCAUUGAGAGUGUGGUCACACAAGAUAAUGCAGUCACAGAAGAGAGUGUGGUCACAGAAGAUAAUGCAGUCACAGAAGAGAGUGUGGUCACAGAAGAGAGUGUGGUCACAGAAGAGAGUGUGGUCACAGAAGACAACGUGGUCACAGAAGAGAGUGUGGUCACAGAAGAGAGUGUGGUCACAGAAGAGAGUGUGGUCACAGAAGAGAGUGUGGUCACAGAAGUCUCUUUCCCCUGUCUCUGUCCUUUGGUCCACACUGUUAGUGUGGUGAAAGAAACUCCCUUGGUAACAGAGAGCCCAGUAGCAGCACCCACCCCCUCUUCCAGCCAGACCCAGCCUCAACCGGGUCAGAAGGAGUCUGUGCAGGCCCAGCCUCAGACCCAGGACCCUCGUCGGGGCUCCAACCCAGCAUUAGGCCAGGUAGUAACACGCCUCACAGGGCUGAUUAACGAGCAGUGGGCCCAGCUGGGUAGCAGCCAAGAGAAGCCGGACAAGCAGGAGACCUCCAGCCCCAGCACCCAGAAGCUUGCAGCCGGGCAGGGGAAGCCCGCUGCGGGGAAGCCUUCAACGGGCAAAUCAGCAGGGAAGUCAGGGCCGUCUAAGAUGAGCUCCAUCCAGAGCCAGCUGGUCAGCUCCCUCAGUGCCCUGUCUGCAUUCUACUCCCCUGGACAGAAGGCUGCUGCCAGCAAACAACAAGGUCUGAAAUCCAUCAUGAAGAAGAACGGUGCUGCAGACAAGCAGGGGAACAGAGGAGGAGCCAAGAAGAACCUCAAGUUUGUGGGAGUCAACGGAGGGUAUGAGACCACCUCCAGUGAGGAGGAGUCGAGCGGGGAGGAGAAGGAGGAGGCCGAGGAGGUGGACAGCUCUGAGCCUGAGGAGAUGCAGGAGGUUCAGGGGAAGAAGGAGGAGCAGGAGGAGGGAGCUGGAGAAUCCCAGGGCCAGGGAGAGGACACUGCCACAGAAGAGAUGGCCCAGGGAGCAGGAUCCCAGGCUGGGGAGACAGAGGGCCAGGGAGACCCUCAAGACCCAGAGACCAGCCAGGCACUCCUGGAGGAGCAGCCAGAAGCAGGGGAGACAAUAGAUAAGGACUUCAUGGAGGCUUGUCACUACAUUAAGGAUCGUAUGGCAGAGGUGGCAACCCCUGAUAAAGAAAUGAGACACAUCCUGACCGUGUUGUACCAGGAGUGGUUCCGUGUGUCCAGUCAGAAGGACUCGCUGGCCGACACCGUCACCCUUUACCUGAGAGAGGUGGGCAUCGCCACGCCAACCCUCCUGCGUUACAUCGUAAACCUGGCCGAUGGUAACGGCAACACAGCGCUCCACUACAGCGUGUCCCACUCCAACUUCCCUGUGGUCAAACUGCUGCUGGACACUGGUCUGUGUGAGGUGGACACCCAGAACAAGGCAGGCUACACAGCGGUGAUGCUGGCCUCUCUGACAGCUGCUGAUGGAUCAGACGACAUGGAGGUGGCUCUACAGCUACUGAGACAGGGAGAUGUCAAUGCCCGAGCCAGCCAGGCAGGGCAGACGGCCCUCAUGUUGGCCGUCAGCCAUGGUCGUACAGCCAUGGUGCGGUUGCUGCUGAGCUGCCAGGCUGACCUCAACAUUCAGGACAAAGAUGGUUCAACCGCACUCAUAUGUGCGUGUGAGCACAGUCACGUGGAGAUCGCUCGGAUACUACUCGAGUCUGACCACUGUGACACCAGCCUCACAGACAAGGAUGGUCAGAGUGCUCUUUCGGUUGCGGUGGUGGCCUCCCACAGUGAGCUAGUUGACCUUCUGAAGACCCAUUCUGACUCCACCACCCAGGCCUCUAACCUCUCCUCCACCACCACCUCAGCCACCAUUAUCACCACCACCAUCGCCUCUCUCCUCUGAGUCCUCUCCAGAAUCCCCUCUCUAACCACUAUCCCACCCCAACACCGGACUUUCCCACCCUAGACCCACCAUAGCCCGGACCCCAUUCGCCAGACCCAACCAUACCCCAGAACCCGUGGAGGACAGACAAAGGCUGUAUUCACCACCACUCAGCUCACAGGCCUACCGGACCUGUGCUGCAAGGAACCAGAAUAACACACAUUCUUCACAUUUCUGCCAAUAUUCCGUGGGCGGGACUCUGGAGUUAUGUAUCAACCGUUUGGCAGCCAGCCAAUCAGAGAGGGACCUGUGUGUGUCAAUCAAAGAACCCGUAGCCGUGGCGACAGUGGGGAUCGACAGGUGAUCCAUGAAGAGUGCAGAAAGACAACAGAAGGAUGAUGGAUUGAUGCUUUCCAAAAAAAAAUGCUCUUCAGGCAAAAAUCUUCUUAAGCACACAUGAUCUACCUUCAAAAUGUGUCAUAUUAUUAUCAAUAAUAUGUUUUUUCUUCCUUUUUCUUCCAUUGAUGACAUUACUAUUAUUUUAUAUUUGGACAUAAGCCAUUUAUUAAACCAUAAAGUCAAUGUUAUAAUAGUGUUUUAUCAGAUAAUCAAACUAUAUUUAUUUUGCGUUGCACUUUGUUUUACUCUGUUUGAUUGAUAUUCACACUGUACAUAUCAUAUCCAUGCUUGGUUUGUUUUCAUCAGUAUGACUUAACGAUUGACUCACUGGGACGUCUUCCAACAUGAAGGGUGUAUAGUAGGAUGCAGCAUGCAGCAAUAUAAUAACAAAAGGCAAAAUCUUCCGAAGCUACUAAACUGCAGUAUGUUGUAGUAACUCUCCACUUACUACUCUUCUCAACUAUCUACAACUAUUUUUCUCUUUCUCGCUCUCAUGCACUAGCCUGGUCUCAGAGCAUUUCAUAUGUUUCUGUACGUACAGUAAAUCCUAGAUACUCCAUUUAGUAUAUGUUACGUUUCGUAUGGCAUGUAUUCAAAUGUGGUUAUCCAUCACCCAUGUCGUAUGAUAUAUUACAAAUUACAAUUCAUAUUAUAUGUUACGAAUUUUCAUAACAAACAAUAUUUUAUGAAUUUGCUAAACGUACGAUAUGUAACGAAUUCUAGGUAGGUGGCUAACGUUAGCUAGCGCGCUAACGUUAGCUAGGCUAGUGGUUAGGGUUAAUUAUUAUUAUUGAAUUUUUUACUUUUACCCCUUUUUCUCCCCAAUUGGUAGUUACAGUCUUGUCUCAUCUCUGAAACUCCCCUACGGACUCGGGAGAGGCGUAGGUCGAGAGCCAUGCGUCCUCCGAAACACGACCCUGCCAAGCCGCACUGCUUCUUGACACACUGCUCGCUUAACCCGGAAGACAGCCGCACCAAUGUGUCAGAGGAAACACCGUCCAACUGACGACCGAAGUCAACUUGCAGGCUCCCGGCCCGCCACCUUCCCUUAACACGGACGACGCUGGGACAAUUGCGCGCCGCCUCAUGGGUCUCCCAGUCAUGGCCGUAGUGUGACACACUACCCGGGGCUGUCGUGAUGCUUUAGGCUGCUGCGCCACUCGGAAGGCCAGGGUUAGGGUUAAGUUUAAAGGGUUAAGGUUAGGAUUAGAGGAAGGGUUAGCCAAAAAGGUUAAGGUUAGGUAAAGGGUUAGUUAAAAGAGUUAAGGUUAGGGUUAGGGCAAGGGUUAGAUAACAUGCUAAAUAGUUGCAAAAUAUUUGUAAGUAGUUGAAAAGUUGCUAAUUAGCUAAAAUGCUAAAGUUUUCAGCAAUGAAAUUUGAACUUGCAACCUUUUGAUUGCCAGACGUUUGUGUUAUACACUCCACCCCUAGAUGUUUGCGUUAUACAUCCACCAUUCUACCACCGACCAACCUUUUUUGCCUUAAGUAACCAUCUGUCUUAUGUAAUCAUAUCAUACUAAAUUGGGUGUCUCGGAUUUACAUACCAGAAUAAUACGAAAUGCUCUGAGACCAGGUGGCAUGCACACACACACACACACACACACACACACACACACACACACACACACACACACACACACACACACACACACACACACACACACACACACACACACACACACACACACACACACACACACACACACACACACACACACACACACACACACACUCACUCUCUUCCAUUGUAAUGUAUCAUUCCCUUUGUCUGCCUGCUUUAUAGAUUACAAAUCAAAUAAUGUAUGCAACCAAAAUCGCUACAAAAUGCACAAAGAAUGUCAGUUUUACAUUCCAGAAUCCAGAUAGCAUUCAGCAGGCCUCCUAAGGAACAACAUCACAGCCUUUUGCACAGGAACCAACACAGUAGAGAUCUCUCCAUUACUCGCCAGACUCUAGUAACAUGUUCUCUACUGUCCUCUGCAGUCAGUGAUGUUACACAGCUCCUUCUCCAUUGUGGACACAAAUGCAGGUUUCACUGCUAGAAAAGUAGAAAUGUUGUUUUUAGGGGGAUUGUGCCUCUCUUCCACCCCAAUUUUCUCUCUGUGUUGAACAAUAGGGCACUGGUGCAGAGAAAUGACAUGAGAAUAUCCUAUCUGGCCUAUCAGACAAUUAAGAGGUCCCAAAGGAGGUGCUGUACUCACCAGGCGGAGUGGUGCUGUCUCUCUUUCUCACCUGUUUAUCACAAGGCAGGCCUAGGAGCUGAAGACUGACCUCAACUGGUUAAAGGUCUAUAUGGAAACCUAACUGUACAUACAUAUUCAGUAUUGUGGAAAAUAUAUCUGGUAUGGUCUGACAUUUGCUCUUAAAUAUAUUUAGUAUUUAUUAAAAAUGCUAUAUUUUUACAAUAUACAGUAUAUGCAUGGGCCAAUAGUCCAAUGAUUGUGUUGGAAUAUGUGAAUUUAUUGGUUCUUCUGGAUGGUAUAUAUAAGCUAAUUGGUCUACUUUAAAAAGCAAUGUAACUUUUCAUUGGUUGGGUGGUUCACGUUCGUCUCUCAUUGGACAAAGCUGUGUGCUGUACUGUGUCAACAGGACUAACUGUUGUGAGACUGUACUUUACAUUACAAUCAGAUGAAAACAGCUGUACCUGCCUGUAAUAUUCCUACUAUCAAAUUGACUUGUAUGUUAACCAUUUACAAAUCAAAGAAUUGCCUCUAAAUAAAAAGGAAACUUUGAAA